CAAUAUAUAACGAGAAGAACUGAGCGGUCGCCGGAAAAUACUUCAACGGCGAUGAGACGAAUACUCAAGUUUCCAUCACCCACUCUUGAUAUUGAUAAUCACAUCUAUAAGAACACCCAUCUGUUUCCUAUUGCACAUUUCUCUAAAUUAUCGAGGAAUGUUAAAGGUACUACUAAAUCCGAUGAAUUUGCAGACAAACAGAGAUCACUUUUCGAUGAAAUCGUGGGUAUUUUUGGAUCUGGAGACAUCUUCGUAGAUAGAUCAUCAGAAACAGACUGUAAGAUUUCUGAAAUUUCAUAUUGCAUACAAGGUGUUCGUCAUAAUGCCGAAGAGAACAAGGUUACUUUGUUAGAUGUUGACGUAAGUCCAUUAGUUCAUAAGGUUACUCAGAUUAUAAGGGGAGAGAAUGAAUCACUUUCAAUUGAACAACAAUUAGAAAAUCUGGGUAUUGAGUUUAACUUCGAGAUUAUAGAUAAAGUAUUGAAGAGAUGCUUCAAAGUUCCACAUUUAGCUUUGAGAUUCUUCAACUGGGUAAAGCUGGGAAAUCGUUUCGAUCACACUACUGAAACUUACAACACCAUGAUAUAUAUUGCUGGACAGGCGAAACAAUUCGAUCUUGUUGAUGAAUUGCUGGAGGAGAUGAACGAGAGUUCGUGUGAAAAGAAUAUCAAAACAUGGACAAUUCUCAUAUCGAAUUAUGGUAAGGCAAAAUUGGUUAAUAAAUCCUUGAAUGUGUUUCAGAACAUGACAAAAUCUGGCCUAGAACCGGAUUUGGAAUCAUACAAACAAAUGUUGUCUAUUCUUUGUCAUUGUGGAAAAUCCGACAUAGCCAUGGAGUUCUAUAAGGAAGCGAUCGAUAAGGAAAUGGUAAUAGACACGAGCUUACAUAAGCUGCUUAUGACAACAUUAGCACAAUCUGGAAACAUAGCUGGUGUUCAUUUUGUAGCUGAAAAUCUAAUGAAGUUUUUUCAGAUUCCGGAUAGUCAAGUUUACGGUUAUAUGAUUAAGAGCUUCUGCAUUUCGGGUAGAAUUAAAGAAACUUUGGAAUUGAUUCGUGAUUUGAAGCAUAGGAAUAUCUCCCUUGAAUCUGAAAAUUUCGAGACUCUUGUAAAAGGAUUUGUUAGAGCUGACAGGAUUGAAGAUGCUAUGGAGAUUAUAAACAUCAUGAAGACAAAGGGUUCCAUCGAUGAGAAAAUUUAUGGGCUUAUCAUUAACGGGUAUUUAAGGAGACAUGAUGUCUCGAGAGCAUUUGAAUUCUUUGUUUCCUUAAAAGGAUCUUCUUACGUACCCACAAUCGAAACGUAUACAGAGCUGUUACAAGGACUUUACCGUUUUGGUUUCUUUGAAAAGGCUUCUGAAUUGUAUAAAGAGAUGAUUGAAAAUGGAGUUAAGAUCGAUAGUGUUGCAAUGACAGCUAUAGUUGCAGGGCUUAUUCAAGAGAAAUCUUUUUCGAAAGCCUGGGAAGUGUUGGAUGAGAUGGUGGAGAAAGGUAUACGAGCUACGAAUAAAUCUUAUACAGUUUUCGUAAAGGAGCUAUGUAAAACAUCGCAAACCGACGAGAUUAUCCAUCUUUUGCGUAAAAUGAUCACUUCGAAAGUGAAUAUUGGAGAUGAUUUGUUCCUCAGAGUCAUAUCCUAUUUGGAAAGGAAAUCAGAGAAAGAAUUGAUGGAGAAAGUUAAGCAAAUGCAGAAGAUUGCUUACAAAUUCGACGAAUUUCAGCUUGAUUCCAUUCCGAUUACAAAUCAAACAGAACAGGAAGAAAGGAUUGAAUCAGUGUAUAAUGAAUCCGAUUUAUUAGAAUUAUGCAGAAUUUUGUCAUCUGAAGUGGGAUUAGUGGAAGAAGCUCUUGAGAAAAGUAGUGUUAUAAACUUCAAUCCUGAGCUUGUAUUAGCUGUUUUGAACAAAUGCAAGCAAAACGGUAAUUCCGCCUUACGUUUCUUCUCGUGGGUAGGAAACCGAGAAGGCUAUACUCACACAUCGGAAACAUACAACACGGCUAUCAAGAUCGCGGGAUCGGGAAAGGAUUAUCGUAAAAUGAGAAACCUUUUUGUCGAAAUGAAGAGAAACGGUUACCCCAUUCAACCGGACACAUGGACGAUCAUGAUCAUGCAAUACGGGCGUAAAGGUAUGACUGAAAUCGCUCUAAAUCUUUUCCGAGAGAUGAAAACUAGUGGUUGUAAGCCGAAUGCAACAACCUAUAAGUAUCUAAUCAUAUCGUUAUGCAGUCAAAAAGGAAGAAAGGCACACGAGGCUUCGAUAAGUUUCCGAGAAAUGGUUCGUUUAGGAUUUGUUCCCGACAAACAACUAGUUGAAACAUAUCUAGAUUGUUUAUGCGAAGUGGGUAAUCUAACCGACGCUAGAGCGUGCAUUGAGAGUUUGAUAACUUUUGGAUAUAAAGCACCUUUGACAUAUUCUUUGUUUAUCAGAUCUCUUUGUCGGGUAGGGAGAUUGGAAGAAGCUUUAUCGAUAUUAAACGAAAUUGAAUCAGAUAGCGAUAGACACGUUGUGGAUGGUUAUGUUUACGGGAGUCUUGUUCACGCAAUGUUGGGAAAAGGAAGAGUUGAAGAGGCAUUAUGUAAGGUUGAACAUAUGAGAGGUAUCGGGAUAAAGGCAAAUGUUCAUGUUUAUACAUCGUUGAUUGUAUAUUUUUUUAAGACAAAAAAUGUUAGUAAGGCGGUUGAGAUGUUAAAGGAAAUGAAAAAGGAAGGGUGCGAGGCGACGGUUGUGACUUAUACGGCGGUUGUUUGCGGUUAUUUGAAUUGUGGCGAGAUUGAUGAAGGGUUGAGAUUGAUUGAGAGGAUGAAAAAAGAAGGGUUUUGUGUUGAUUUUAGGUUUUAUUCAAGGGUGAUUGAUUGCUUAUGUAAAGUGGGGAAAUCUGAAAUUGGAUUGGUUAUGAUAAAUGAAAUGAUGGGAAAUGGAAUUGUUCCUAGUGAUGUUAAUUUUCGUGAAGUGUUUUAUGGACUUAAUAGAGAAGGGAAAGGAGAUUUGGCUUCAAUUGUAUUACAAAAGAAAAGGGAUCUCAAAGCUAGAAGAAUCUUCACAACUUGAUCAUUUUUCAAAUAAUCUGGUUUCAUUGUCAUCAAGUUAUUGAUCUAUGUUUAGCUUAAUCCCAAUUUUGAUAUAAUUUUAUUUAUUUUUUAACAUUA